AUGUCUGUUGGUGAUGAUGAUUUGGAAGGGAAUGAGAAUCAUGAUGAAAUGCUUGAUCUACUAAGAGAUCUAUAUCCAGAGUACAAUGAUAUUGGCUAUUCCUUUGAUGCAAGUCAUGCUAAUGAAGAGCCAAAUGAUGAUGCAAAGAGAUUCUAUAAUCUAUUGAAGGAUUUUCAAGAUCCGGUUUAUGAUGGUUGUAAGAGUACACGCAUGUCUACACUCUUAAAACUUCUCCAUAUCAAGACCCUUGGUCGAUGGAGUAAUGAAUCAUUUACCAUGCUCUUGGAAUUCUUGAAGAAGGAGCUUUUGCCAGAAGGAUCAAAAUUGCCAGAUUCUUACUAUGAAUCCAAGAAGAUCUUGAAAGACCUUGGGCUAUCAUAUCAGAAAAUUGAUGCAUGCAUCAAUGAUUGCAUGUUGUAUUGGAGGGAGAACGAGGAAUUAGAUGCCUGUAAAGUUUGUGGCGCUUCUAGAUGGAAAAGUGAUAAACGUAAUGGGGAGAAUAAGUGUAAGACAAAUGGCAAAAGAAUACCCCAAAAAACGAUGCGAUACUUCCCAUUAAAACGAAGGCUGCAAAGAUUAUAUAUGUGCUCAAAGACUGCUUCUUUGAUGACUUGGCAUCGUGACCAUAAAAGUAAAUCUGGUACAAUGAGACAUCCUUGUGAUGGGUCCGCAUGGCAGUCCUUUGACAAAAAUCAUGUUGAUUCUUCUGCAAAGAAGAAGAAAGCUGACAGCGAGAAGAAAAGAGGAAGAAACAAAUGCAAAGAAAUUGCAAAGCUUAAGCCAGGUGAGAAGUUGGAAGUAACUUUUUACAACAAUCGAGCUGUAGGGACUAACCAUGAAGUGUUCGCAAGACACUUGGGAAUAAUUGUGCGAGAUACAAAUAUUGUCCCUGUGAGAGUACAUAAAUGGAACGACAUUGGAGAUAGAGAGAAAGAUCACAUGUGGACAGCUGUGACUGAUGUGUUUACCAAUGAGAAUAUGGAAUCUUACCGUCAGCAUGUUCUUGAUCACAUGAAAGAAUUGUGGACAAAUUGGAGGUCAGACUUGUUAAGAUAUAAUGUUAAGAAUAAGAAGAUCACCUUAAAAGUUGCAUACAACCAUAAGCCACCAAAUGGACUCGACAAGAAUGAGUGGAGGUGGCUUAUAAAGGAGAUCUAUUCAAAGCCUAAUUUCAAGAAAGUAAGUGCAAGGAAUUCUGCAAAUAGAUCUCAUUAUCGGAAAGAACUUGCGCAUCGAACAGGGAGCAAACCUUUUAGGCAGGUCAUUUGGAAGGAUUUGGGUGCAAACAAGGGGCUCGAACCAGAUUUGGUGGAUGUAUACUAUACAACUCGUAAGAAAGGCACAUCUCUACCAAAUGCAGAGACAACACAAAAAUAUGAUGAAAUAAAAACAACAAAGGAGAAAGAACCAUCACUUUCCAAUGUUCAGGUAGCACAAAGGGUGUUUAAAUCUAAGUCGCGAGAUCGAGUUGUGGGAUUUGGCGGGGAAUAAAGCUUAAAGAUAUUAGAGGACCACAACCUAGUCGUGAAGAACUUGAAGUCGAACUGAAUGCUACUAAGAAGCAGAACCAAGUCCUUGCAAGUCGCAUCGAGACAAUGAAUGAUGAAAAUAAUGAACUUAAGGGUCGUGUGGAUUCAGUGGAAGCACAAAUGAAAAAAUUAGAAGAAAUGUUGAUGAAUCGACAUAAUGUCUCUUCCACUCCAGAAAAUUAGUUGGACUAAUCAGGCAUACCAAGAAGAGAAGCAACCAUGGCGUCGCAACCAAUGCUGAGAUUUGAGAACUUUUUAUGUAUUAUCCUUAAUUGCAGAAGUAGUUUAAUAUGAGACACAUCUUCAAAUUUUUAUAUUGUCAAUUAAUGACUUGUACUCAAAUUAGCUAGAUAUGGUGCUGUCUCUACUUAUAUGUUCAUAUAACCUUUUAAAACACAUGAACAAUUGUUGCUUAUCAUUUCUUAAAUAUAUAUAUAUAUAUAGUCGUUUAGCAUUA